AUGAAAGUGUCUACUGUUCUCUUUGCAGUAUUUUCCACCGCCUGUGCGGUCUCCGCCAUUCAACCCCACAAUGGUGGAUCAGACCUUACUGCCAGGCAUCUCCGCUUGAGCCGUCGCGCAGUCAUCCCCGGACUCAACAAGACUCGGCGGAGCACGUCGAGGCGAUGCAAACCGAGACCGAAGAAGUCAGACAAUGCGCUUGUCGCACCCACGUCGAGCGGUCCCCCGCCGGAACCUAAGAAGAAAGAAGUUUCUUCCAGUUCCGGAUCCGGCGCGGGUCUUCUGCAAGUUCAAUCAUCUUGCGGUGACAUUGGGGCCACGAAGGAAACCACCAAUGAAAGUGGUCCCAAUGGACAUAUCAAUUGGCUCAACUGCGGAAUGGAAUCUGGCGGAUGGAACCCUCAAUUUGUCCGCGUCGAGGACAUCAAGACUGUGGACUUGAAUCAGGCUUUGCAAGAUCCAGGCAGUCCAUACCAAGCCUGCCAGCCUUUCGUCCCCAUUUUCCAGAAGUACGGCGGUCAAUUCGGGAUCCCUCCAAUUAUGUUGGCUGCGUUUGCCAUGCAGGAAAGUAGUUGCAACGCCGAGACCACUGGGGGCGGAGGUGAACAGGGCCUCAUGCAGAUCACCCAAGAGAAAUGCGGAGGUGCCCCAGGUGGGAAUUGCAAAGACCCGGACUUCAACAUCCGCACGGCUGCAAAGUUCUUUGCGGAUACACUGAACAGAAACAAUGGAGACCUGCUCAAGAGCUUAGGCGCCUACAAUGGAUGGUUCCCUUCCAUGACCGCUGCCCAAGCAAAGGAAGCAGCGCACUCGGGCUGCUGCCGCUGCCAGAAGAACAUGGACUACUUGCACCAGUUCCUCAAUGGAUGGCUACAGAACAAGAACGCGUACGACAACACCCUCCGCCUUGGCAAGUUCUUCAACCUGGACAUCUGUUUGAAUCUGUGA